AUGGCUACCAUGAACGCCAUGUCAAGAAAGGGAAAGUGGACGAGCGAGGAGGAAGCUCUGACGGCAAGAAUAAUCCACUACUUCAGCCUCGGCGUGCUGCAGCUGCCGGACGGCACGACCCUGCGCGCCUACCUCGCGCAGAAGCUGGACUGCGACCCGAUGCGGAUAACCAAAAAAUUUACCGGCACCAAUUGCCUUGGGAAGCGGGUCUACCAUUCCUGCGAACGAACUACCGCGACAUACGAAGUCGCCAAGCAAGCAGUGGAGGAACUGGCAGAGCUGGAAGCGAGGUUUCAGGCCAGGCUAGAACGGAACAAGGAGAAGCGCACGGGAAUAUUGGGGAUAGAGCACACCAAAACAGGGUAA